AUGGGCACAAAGGAUGAUAAAACAGAUGAUGUUAUAUUUGAUGAUAUCCGUGACGAAAGAGAUUCCGCAAGGCGCGUUUUUGCCGGCUACCAAGAUAUUGAGAUUGAGCUAUCUGAACCGCCUGAUAUACAACUGAAUACGGACCGGACACGAGCUGAAGUCAGAAAUCAUUAUCGGAUCCAAGGGUUUGUCGCUGAUGGAUCUUCCCUCGAAGGGGGAUAUACGGGCUGGUUCGCUGAAGGGAAUAAUAUUUUUACCUUUGAGUUGAGAACCAUGGAGGGUUCCGAUAAGCAAGAAUGGCGUAUCACUGAAUGGAAGGAUGAGGCAUUUAGCGAGGGGGAGAUUAGAGCCGCCAACAACAUCCAGUAA